GGACAAAGAUUACAUUAACAGAACCGAACAGCUUACACUUCCAAAGUACGAGAGAACUCAGAGGCAGAAACAACUCCCCAGCAAAAAGUAUGAACCUUUCCACAAGAUUGGGAGGAAAGCUGCCUCUUUUUUUCAACACUCGUGUUCCUCUCAGAGGUGCUGCUUAAUCCACAAUUUAAUCGGGUGCCCAAGUUGGGGUUUGUUCCAUUUUUGCAACAGAAGAGGAGAUUUCGAGGUGGUUUUUCAAAGAAAAUGGGUUCCAAUGUGGAAAGGUGCGAGGUGGGUGUUGAAAGCAAGUUGGGGUUGGUUCACCCUGCAACAAAAUUCUAUGCUGAUGAAGCUGUUAUAGCUCUCAAAGCUGGGAAAGUUAUUGCAGUGCCUACGGAUACACUUUACGGAUUCGCUUGUGAUGCUUGUUCUUCAGAAGCAGUAAAUAAGAUUUACGAGAUCAAAGGACGCAAGCAUACCAGUCCUCUUGCGAUCUGUGUUGGGGAUGUGCCAGACAUAAAGCGCUUUGCUGUCACAGACCAUUUACCUUAUGGCUUACUUGAUUCUCUGCUGCCUGGACCCGUUACUGUUGUGCUAGGGCGAGGGGAAUCAAGCAUUCUUGAGAAGUCCUUGAACCCAGGAUUAGAUAGCAUAGGAGUGCGAGUACCUGACUCUGACUUCAUUAGGAUUAUUGCCCGCGAUGCAGAAAGUGCACUGGCUCUUACAAGUGCUAACCUAAGUGGGCAGCCUAGUAGUGUGAGCAUCAACGAUUUUGAGAACCUGUGGGAACACUGUGCAUAUGUUUAUGAUGGUGGUGUGCUUCCAGCAGGCCGUGCUGGUUCAACGGUUGUGGACCUUACUAAGCCAGGAAAAUACAAGAUUCUUAGACCUGGAAGUGCUAAGGAAGAAACCGUUGCAAUCCUUGAGAAGUAUUCUCUUCUUGAAGAAGCAGCAAGUCGUUGAAGAGGAAAUCGGAUGGAUGUUAUAUUGUUUUACAACUUUCAGCAGGAAACAAAAAAGGAUUCUUUUUGGGCACAGGAGAGAAGUGUCUCUACGGUAAUUGUAUCUCUUUCACCAAAACACAUUCAUCUGUUGUAUUCUUAGGUUCCACUAGACCCAAUCUUGGAUAUGAGAAUUUUAGUAGAUAGUUAAAAAAGGACAGCUUUUAUAGUCACUGGAAAUGAAUUUCAUUUCACUUUCUUUGGCAACUCA